CUUUAGGGGAGGGACCUGGCGGCGUAAACAGGACCUCCGGCGCCCGUGGACGUCGUUGGAGAGUCCCAGCCGCCAUGGACCGGCUCCGAGAUGACUAUGACCCCUACGCAGUUGAAGAGCCCAGCGACGAGGAACCGGCUUUGAGCAGCUCUGAAGAUGAAGUGGAUGUGCUUUUACAUGGAACUCCUGACCAAAAACGAAAACUAAUCAGAGAAUGUCUUACUGGAGAAAGUGAGUCAUCUAGUGAAGAUGAAUUUGAAAAAGAAAUGGAAGCUGAAUUAAAUUCUACUAUAAAAACAAUGGAGGACAAGUUAUCCUCUCUGGAAAGAGGUUCUUGCUCAGGGUAUGGGAAAGUUGGAACAACUUCAACAAAGUACUAUGAUGAUAUAUAUUUUGAUUCUGAUUCUGAGGAUGAAGACAAAACAACACAGAUGACCAAGAAAAAAAAGAAGCAGCGACACAGGAUUCCAACAAAUGAUGAAUUAUUAUAUGAUCCUGAAAAAGACAACAGAGAUCAGGCCUGGGUUGAUGCACAGAGAAGAGGUUACCAUGGUUUUGGAUUACAGAGGCGACGUCAACAGCAACACCCUGUUCCAAAUAGUGAUGCUGUUUUGAAUUGUCCUGCCUGCAUGACCACACUGUGUCUUGAUUGCCAAAGGCAUGAAUCAUACAAAACUCAGUAUAGAGCAAUGUUUGUGAUGAAUUGUUCUGUCAACAAAGAGGAGGUCCUAAGAUACAAAACCCCAGAGAAUAGGAAGAAAAGGCGAAGCCAUAAGAAGAUGCGGUCUAAUCAUGAAGAUGCUUCAGAGCAGGUAGAUACAGAAGUGGAAGAAAUCUACCACCCAGUGAUGUGCACUGAAUGUUCCACUGAAGUGGCAGUUUUUGACAAGGAUGAAGUCUUUCAUUUUUUCAAUGUUUUAGCAAGCCAUUCCUAGAUAACAGCUGGCACUUAAUUGUUCAGUACUGUAUAUAAGGUAAAUAUGAACAAUUACUUUCCUACUGCUUCUUCCUAUCAAGUGACAUUCUGAGUGGUUAUUUGAGGAAGCAGUGUUUUAUCUUUAUCUUUUUGAAAGAGAAUGGUUAGCAGCCUUCAUACUGCUCCACUUACUUUAUUUAAAAAAAUUUCCCCAACUCUGACGGGACUGAUUAUUCAUUCCACUUUUGAUGGACAUUUGGAAAUUGUGGGGUUUUUAUUUACUAAAACUCUUUAAAAUUAAAAUAUUCUGGAAUUAUAAGUAAUCUUUGUUUCAGAGUUAUUUUUAUCUUUUUAUUUUGGAUAUACCAGAUGGUGUGUUUAAAUUAGAAACUAUGCUAAGAUGUAUCUUUAUUUCCCCUCUACCUCUUAGAAUGGAGAGGAGGUAUUUAGUUAUGGUUGCAAUUAUAUGGAGUUAUAGCCUUGAGUAAAUAUAGGUCUUUCCUUAAUGGAGCUGUACUUUCCAAUCUUGUAAUGUAAUGAUUAACAUUGUAAAAUAAAAAUUUGUGGUGAGAGAGAGCAUCUUCAUCCUCUGAUCUUAGACUUAAAAUUAAUUCUGUUGUUGCCUCUUGUGUCUACCAUUCCUUCUAUUGCUGGUAAUCAUGGUUUUUUUUUUUUUUUAAAUAUAGAUCAUUAUUGGCAGCGUGGGAGAAAAUUGCAUUGUAGACAUCUGUACAUUUUAGCUAUUUUGAAGAAUUAUGUAUUUGGACUAUUUGCAGAAAUAACAUUAGAAAACUCAGGGUCGGGGCCUUCCUGGUUAAUAAUGCAAGGGGUUAAGAUGGAACCUAUGAAGCUAUCAGCAGCUGCUGCAGCACAAGUUCGAUCCCCAGCCAGGGAGCUACCCACAUGGCGCAGCAGACCUCUCCUGACUUGUCCGCUGUUCCCCUCGGCAGUGUAUUUCAGUCAGUCUUCCUGUCUGUUCCCCACUCUGUCUCUGGUGGGUCCUCUCACCCCCAACACCUCUGGCCUGUACCCCAGCUCUUGUAGCAUAAAUAAAUAAAUCUUAAAAAAAAUAAAAGAAAACUCAGGGUCUUCUUAGUCUAAUAGAGAUGUGAUAAAGUGUAAAAAAAAUUCAGGAGAUAUGU